AUGUCCUCAUUGCCGGCCGCUUGCCGGUCUCCAGGAGGCCCCGAGCAACCCCGCCUCCGUUCCCUGAUGGUGGGCUCGAUCGAGCUGCCGCUCCAGGAGUCAACGACCUCCCCUCCUCCUGCUGCCCCACAGCGCAGGGUGCGCUUCGCCAUUACUCCUCCCCCAACCACCAGCUCCUUUAUUGCUUCGCCAUUACCCCCACCACCCAGCAAAUCCUGCCUCAGAUCCACGGCCGCCCGCGCGAGGGAGAGCGCCUCAGGCUGCACUUAUGGUGGCACACCUUCCCAAGGCAGCCUUGACGCGACGGAGGACUCCAGCGCCGGGUGGCCAUGCCCGGUCACCUCACGCAUCCAGAGAUCGAUGAAGAUGGUUGGACAAAGGUACUACGGAAAAGGCGUUCAGCUCAGGCGAAUUCAAGCCCACCAGCGCCCCGCACACCAUCGCUGUGCUCUGCACUUCUGGAGUCACUCAGAGGGAGGUGCCUCCGGUGCCUCGCUGGCGGCCACAGGGCGGCAGACUGCAGGGAGCCGGUCCGUUGCAUCAACUGCAGACGAAUUGGCCAUAAAGCCAGCGACUGCAGCAGAGCUUCACAUCCCCCGUCCGGCCACGACACAGCUGCAGCACACCCAUCUGACGACACAGCUGGUCCUAGAAGGCGACGUCGUUGUUUCCCGUCAUCGACCAGAGAACUUCCUCGCCAUCUUCAAGUACCCCCACCACCGAGAUGCUGCGGUGACCAAGGAGAAACUUCCGGUGCGCAACCUCGACUUCCGCAUCUGGCCAUGGCGGAUAGAAGCCUAUGGAGACCACUGUGAGCUGCGCCAUCACGUGGAGCAGCAGUCGGUGGACCGGGAGGACACCAGGGUGCUAUGCCUCUGGGCGUGGACCUACAAUCCCUCCGAUAUCUCCAAGGUAACCUGGUUGACCAUAACUGACAAUACAGUGCUUGUUCAUGACGGCGCAGUCCCCCCUCAUGGCCGACGCGGGCUAACCUUCAGCAUCAUCGUGCACCUCGACCUGCUUGAGCUGCCCCCCGACAGUCAUGGCCGGGUGGAAACCAAGGACUUCACUUGGCACUUUGGGGUCAUCGAUGGCGAACGCACGCCGCGUGAACGCCAAGAGCCACCGCCACCAGAACCCAGGUGCCAGCAUCGCCAGGACGACGACGACGACGAGCGCCGUGGCCGUCGCAAAAAGAGUGACCACUGGGGGUCACGUCUGCUCCGGAGCCUCUCUCGUGCCCCGGAGCGAGCAAGAGAGAGGGAACGGUCAGAGUCACGACAUGGCCGUCGCGACAAAUCGACUGCUCCAGGGGAACGACGCAGACACGGCCACGACAACAAUGGUGCCAGGAGCAGGACUCCACCACGCAACACACGCGCAGAUCGCCGGAACGAGGAUGACGGCGUCCAGAGCGGGUCACCACCUCGCCGGCCGCACUCAACGACGACAUCAGCAGCAGUUCUCCAUCAAUUCGCAGAUCGCCAUCACGCCGUUCGCGCCCUGCUCCUCGUGGGCGCACCAGGAGCGAAUCUCCACCGCACCACACACGCCCAGCUCCUGGCCACGACGAUGAAGGCACCCAGAAUGAGUCUUCACCUGGCCGAGCGCGUUCAACUCUCGAAGCCCCGCCCCCAGCAACCUCCAACGGCGCUUCAAGCAAGGGGGCUGACCCCGGCGCUGUGCUCGUGGGGUCUCCAGGGACAACAAGCAGGACGGCCACGACAGCACCCUCUGGUGAACAUGACGUCCUGCCGCGGGACAAAACAUUGCUGUCCGCCGGUCAUGGCGUCCUGGAGCAGGGCGCAGCAUCACCGACCACCGUCCACGGCGUCCCGGCGUAGGGCACAGCAACACCGACCUCCGGCCACCAGGGACCGACUUCUGAGGGCGGGAGCGCUCUGCAAGUCCCACUCCCACUCAUGGCCACGCCCCCUGCUUCGCCGGCGACUCCAGCAAUCUCCAUCCGUGGCCGCACAAGGGAGCGUCAGUACGGGCGCCGCGACAGUGGCCGAAAUCUCUCCCCGCCCAGAAGCUCGCCCAAGACGCCGACAAAUGACGGUUGUCAUCCCCAACCAGUGGCGACAGCAGGGACGAGGCUGCACAACGUUCUGCCACAACUACGGCAUUCAGGCGAUCUCCUCGCUCCCACCAGGCCGCGUCUGGUACCCGAUUCAGAAGGCAGCGCACGGCGUCUCCAGUAGCCCAACAGAACACGACGGCCAACUUCAUCAGCACAGUCACACUGCAGACUGCAGUGCCGCUGCUCCAAGGGCCACCCCAGCGAACGAGGACAGUCAGACGCAGGAACAAGCGGUCUUCAGCCCCCCUGCGCAAAAAGUGCGCAUCGCAACAGCAUCUUGGCCGCGGGGCGAUGCGCAAGCGAAGGCGCGCCAAGUUCUGAUGAAAAAACCUGGCUUCAUGGAGGACCGUUCGCUGGACGACGCGCUGAUGGGCUACUUCACGCUGUUCGGCGGUCCACUUUCAGGGACGGUGAUCCAGGCGUUGACUGCCCUUUGUGGCCUCGGCGACGACUCUGGGGCAGGCUGCUCCCAGGCUUAG